UUGCAACGAACAGAGCUAAUAAAAUACGUCCUCAGUUCAAUCGAUCACGCGUGCUACCAUAAACCGCGUCGACUCGAUCGAAUCCUUCUCCGAUCGCUUUCAUCAAUUCCGGCACUUGGGCGCCGGAUCGGGAUCUACCACUAGCCAGCCAAGAAGGAGGCGGCAGAGCGUCCGAUCGGCUUCGGCGGUUUUGUCUCCUUCCGCCUUUUGUCCGGCGCCCGGAUGUCGGAGUCUAGUCGAGCGUGAUGGCCUCGGCCGGCUUCGCUCGCCGACAUUUUAUUUUUUCUUUUCAAGUUGGUGCGACGAGAUGAACGAAGGAUAGGAAAAAAAAAAGGGGAAAAAAAAAUCUCGUCUUUGGAUUCAUCGGCAAUUGGGGGCUAGAAGGGAAGGUAACUGGAAGGGGAUAGCAAGUAGAUGAAAGGCUUGAGGCAUUCGCCAUCAUCCUCUUCGGUUCCUCCUUCCUCGUCGCCUCCCUUGGCGUCGUCCUGGAUUCAUCUGCGGUCGCUUCUCAUCGUUGCUUCCGCCACUAUUCCUGACCGAGGUAGCUUGAGAUCACCAUGGUCUAGGAGGAAAAGAAAACAUGCACUUUCUUAUCGACAUUGGCACCGACUAUUGUCACCAGAAGGAAAGUUUCAUGAUGGAGGAAUCAAAUUUAUUAAAAAAGUUAGAAGUGGAGGAGUUGAUCCAUCAAUCAGGGCUGAAGUAUGGCCUUUUCUCCUUGGAGUUUAUGAUCUCAAUAGUUCACACGCUGAACGAACACUCACUGGAAUCCAGAUAAGGAAAAAAUAUGAAAGUUUAAGGAGAAAAUGCCACCAACUCCUGAGUCAGUGUCGUAAGGAAAAUAGGUUAAACACAAUAGAUGAAGGCGGUAAUUCAGUAAGUUCUUGCUUCAACGAGGACUGUGAGUUUCAUGAUUCUCAAGAUGAUACAAGUGCCAGAACUUCCUGCACUGUCACAGAAGGGAACUUAUACAACUUUAAAGUUGAUCAAUUACUUCACAGUGGUAGCGAUGAAUUCAGCUUAUGUAACUUUGAGGAGAUAGAAGAUGAGACUGAGGUUACUCAUUUUGAUAACUAUCCUUGGGGCACUGAAUCUUCUACAUCUGAAUCAUCGGAUGAAGAUGAAACUGAAAGCUUGCUCGGAUCAUCAAUCUCAGACAUGCUGGUGCAACAUGAUCCUAAGUUAACAAGAUUUCCUUCAAUUCGAGGUGAUUUUUCUCAAUAUAACCGGACAUCUGAAGAUUUUGUAACAUGGCAGCGUAUAAUCCGAUUAGAUGCUAUCCGAGCCAACUCAGACUGGGUGGUUUACUCUCCCAAUCUAGCUUCUGUCACUAAAGAGAAGGCACUCCAAUCUGCAAUAUCAGUCGGUCUCAAAAAUUACGACCAGUUGGACCCAUGCAUGAUUUACCAUGCUGCUCGUAUGGUCGCGGUUCUUGAAGCAUAUGCAGUCUAUGAUCCAGAGAUAGGCUACUGCCAAGGAAUGAGUGACCUCCUAACGCCCAUCCUCGCCGUUAUCAGAGAAGAUCAUGAAGCUUUCUGGUGUUUCGUGGGCUUCAUGAGGAAGGCCCGACACAAUUUCAGGCUCGAUGAGGUUGGGAUCCAGAGACAACUGAGCACAGUUUCAAAGAUCAUCAAGUGCAAGGACUUGCACCUGUACAAACACUUGGAAAAACUGCAGGCACAGGAUUGCUUCUUCGUGUACAGAAUGGUGCUGGUGCUGUUACGAAGGGAACUUACGUUCGAUCAGACAAUGAGCAUGUGGGAGGUGAUGUGGGCGGACCAGGCAGCGAUUCGGUCCGGGAUUGGGAAGUCUGCACGGGAGAUAAUGAGGCUGCGGGCACCCCCGACCGACGACCUGCUUCUCUAUGCCGUCGCCGCCUGCGUGCUGCAGCGACGCAAACUGAUCAUCGAGAGGUACAACAGCAUGGAUGAGAUAGUGACGGAGUGCAACAGCAUGGCAGGGACCUUAGAUGUUUGGAGGCUGUUGGAUGACGCCCAUGAUCUGGUCACGAGCCUGCACCAGAAGAUUUGAUCUCGCGGUGCUUGCUUUCGCUGCCAUCACCGAUCUGUUGCUUCCGACCUCGUCCAUGUUCGUCCCCACUUAAACGAAACAAAACAAAACAAAACAAAACAAACUCAUCAUCUAUCUCCAGCCCAAAGUGCAGGAGAUUUCACUGUGUCAUUGCUGCAACAAUCAACCAAUUCACGUAAAGGAACAAAAUUCAAUUCUGAUUCUCCACUUGUUUGUGUACUUGCUUACUCCCUGAUUGAAUUGCAGUUGAGUGUAGUAAACAGUUAUGAUCAAGUUACCAUAGGUGUCAGUUCAGUUGGAUUGUUCAGAUCGCCCGCGACCCGGCCUGACGUGGCUCGACUCAGUCUCGUGUCACGACAUAGGCUGUAGGCAUAAAAUUCUAUCUUUUGGUUCAUAGAUUUCAUAGUUAUGUUUGUUGUACAUUAAUGAAUUGAUCUUGAUGAAUAUGAUCCAAACUCGGGACUAAUUAAGACCAGACAUUUUCA